CCUAAAGCCACACUGAUCCAAAGUGAUUUGUCGCCCAGUCACCAUGCGAUGGUUUUGCCUGUGGGGCUCCUUUGCCAGCUUCAGGGAGCGACUGCUGCCAGGACCAUCUUCCCGAGUUGCCGAUGUCGAGAUGACUAGCAGCAGUGAGAGCACAGCAGUCCGACGAGGCAUCCCAGCACCAGAGGUCAAUGUGACAUCCGGUCGAGCUUGGGAUUUCUUGAUGAGCACCGUGGUGCUUUGUGCCUUGAUCAUCCCAACUCUGGUCAUGACUGCAGUGGUUCUGCAGGAGUGGAUCACCCGCCCUGAGCAACGAGGGUGGCUAGUUUUGGGCUUUGGCUUCUACAUCAUCACAGCUCUGAGAAGCUUGUGGAGCAUUCUGAUCCGCCUGUGCCGCCGGAUGCUCUACAUCCGUGUUGAAGUGAGCCGAUAUGCUGCAACGACCCUCUUUGAGGCCUUGACGGACUCCUUAGCCAAUGAAGCUGAGAUGCAAGGGCUUACCUGCAGUUGGGAUCAAGAAGCACUGCAAGAGCAUGACAAGCUGACCGGGAAGAUCAAGGUGAAGCUGCGGUUUUGGAGCUCGCAACCGCGGAACAUGACAAUCCGUUUAAGGGUGCCCAAAGCUCAUGGCGACAUCGAGCUUCAAGAUACAGAGGUGGAACGCCUCGACUUGGAGGUGCAGUUUAUUCCUGGUGAUGAUGUCGUUUGUGGACGAGAUAGCCGGCUGGAGCGUCGAGAGGUUCUCGUCCUCUCCGUGCGAUCCAAUCCCGAACGGGCCUUGUCGGACAAAGAGAUGCUAGUUCGAUGGAUGGAACAUGCCUAUGUUCACUACGUGAAACCCAUCGAGGAUGUUGUGAAUGUGUAUUCGUUGCAAGAAAGCAGUAGCGACUGGGUUCCAGAAUGGAAGUUUGAAAGAGUGAAGCCAUGCAAGAAUGCAAGCGCCACUGGGCAGGGCUUCUACUUGGAAAGACAUGCCUUGUACAACAUCUUGGCCGACGCCAAGCUUUGGUCUCAAACGGCUCUUCGCGUUUACAUGAUCACAGGACCUCCUGGCGUUGGGAAGUCCGAGUUCACCAUUUGGAUUGCAGGGCAGCUUGGAAUUCCAGUCUACCGACUCUGUUUGUCGAGCCCUCGCUUAUCUGAUGAUCGGCUGGCACAGCUUUUCUCCCAAUCAGCGAUCUCCUUUAACUCGAUCUUGGUGCAGGUGGACGAGUUCCAGGAGACAUUGCAGGGCUGGUUGAAGAGCGACGAGAAACGCCACUCGGGUGUCUCCGCGGGCGGUUUCUGCGAGAUGCUCCAAGGCUCCACCAGCAUGUCUCGCGGUGUCGUCAUCAUCACAGGCACAUCCGAAAUAGUUGCUGAUUGCGUAAAGAGAAGGCUCCCUGCGGUCUUUCGACGGAUCCAUUCUACAGCGGAGCUGGGCUGGAUGAAUCCUGAAGACAUCGGACAAUACUUUCGAAGAUUCCUGUGUGGCUUUAUACCCUCGUGCACAGCAGAAGAGUGGGAAAGCUGGCAACGAACAUUCUUGGAGGUGGAAUCUUGGUCAGGCAGCAGACAUGUCUCCAUUGACAUGCUCCAGCAAUAUCUCAUGCAUCAGAUCACCGAAUGCAGUUGCUUGGGCUACGGCCGGUUUGUUGUGAACGACAGCAAGUUCAUCUUCAGGGUCAACGACGAGCACAUCCAACAGGUCUUUUUGAAGAUGGCUUUCCUGUCCAACCCAUAAGGACAUGGCAAUAUGGAUUCGUCAUGGAACCCCAGAAGAACCCCGUUUGCUUUCAAGCCAAGGACGCACUUUCCUUCCGAGUAGCAACACACGGUACCAGGGUUUUUUCUUGGUCUAUCUAUAGUUUUCCACCUUCUUGACUGUAGAUGUGUUCGUCUUGUGUCCAGGUGCAACGCCCAAGAUGCAAAGAUCUUCUUGGACGACUAUUCACCUGUUGCACUUGUUCAAAAAAGUUUGCUGUCUGAAGCAUAGACAGCCAAUAGACUGAGUUUACAUGUUUUCGUGGAAUUCCUGAAGUCUUGUACUAGUUUCUCC